GCCUUGAGCGUCAACAUAUAGGGUCCAUUUGCAAUCACAAGUUUGUCGCGUGCCCGCACUCUGGCACUACACACAGAAAUAUCAGGAAAUUUGGGUGGGGUGGUCAAUUUAUCCCCUGGAUCUGUGAGUAAAAAAAUAUCGACUGAACAAAAUAAACUGAUUUCGCGGCAAUCACGCAUUGAAGCCCGUGUCCCACACAAUUAUGGCUGCGCAAUUUAUCCACGGCAUGUUUUGCGCGGCAGACGCGCGCGUGCACAGUAUCAGCAUCGCGGACGAGGAAAACGAGCCCUGCAGCAUGCCCGCACCCCGUGCACGUGCGGAGGGCGAGAAGCGGAGCACGUUCCGAGGCGAACAGGCGCCCAUGUCACCGAGGUCCCGAGAAUCCGCCGCGCUGAAUAAGGUCAGCGCAGUCUCCGGCCCGUCGGAAGGCCACAAAGCCAUGAUUCAAACGGUGCAGGAGAGAACUGGGGAGACAAACACCGAAUUCAAAUCUGGGACGCCACCGGACUCCUGCGACGAAGACUCCACUCUGACCAGAGUCCAGCUGCGCUCCGCCAAACCGUCCAAGCAACAACAAGCCUCGAUGCCCAACACGAAUGGCUCCCGCGAUUGCGAGCUCUGGCUCUACAAGGACCAGCUGGGUUGUGUGCACGGACCCUUCUCCGGUGCCUGCAUGUUCUCCUGGUUCGCCUCCGGGUGCUUCCGCAUGUCGUUGCCCGUGAAACGCACCUGCGACCGAGAGUUCCAGCUGCUUGGCCAGCUCAUGAACACCUUGGGCAGAUUGCCGUUCGUCGCCGAUCGGAGCUCGCCAAACCAACCGAACUGUAGCGCUGACAAACUCCAGGCCGCAGACACGCCGGUCGCACUGUCAUCAUCCGACUGCAGCCCUGGGAAUGAACCCUUGGAUUGUGACGACAAGCUCCUCAAAGACAGUCAGACUACGUUCAUUGACUCGCAAGAAAAACCGCGCGCAGUGGUAUCGAUCAAGGCCGCGCUACCUAUGACUGGAGAAACGCACCCAGCUGUUCCACCGGGGACGCGAGUUCGCCGUGCCGAACGCGUCAAAGCUGAACUGGGGUUUCGCGACACUGCAGAACCACUGGCUGAUGACAACCGCUCAAGAGGAGGCCCCAAAAAGGAAGUGAAGCAGCACGAAGGAGCUUGGGGAGGCUACAAGAAGUACCAGCCAGCAGCACGAAACUUCGUGUCGGCGACGCAACCAGCCGAUACAAAGAACGCGGUCUACCGCCGUACAUCCACCGCUGCAGUCGACACUCCUACUGCUCCGACGACCUGGGCCAAAGUGUGCCUGAAAGCGCCGACCAAGCCGCAGUUCGGACAUGGAUGGGGGGAUCCAGUUGGCGCGCCGGAGCCCGUUGCCAUCGAAAACAUGGUGCGGUUCCCAUCGCUCGGUGGCAAAGCCUUCGCGGAAGCCUCGCAGAACAAGACUAGGAACCAGAAGCAAGACCCGGCAUGGAUACGACGCGCAGCCGCGGACCAGGAUUUCACCCGCUGGUGUUACGACAGGCUCAGGAACCUUCCGUCGUACGUCCACGUGCCAACAUUCUUCGAGUUGCUGAGGGACGUCGACUCGAGCGCCGAAAUUGAAGAGUACGUUCGCCAACAUUUCGGCAACGGAGAAGAGGCCUCGCGCUUCGCACGUGAGUUCGUGCAGCGUCGGUUUCAAUGGAAGCAGUUGACGGGCUGGAAGAGUCCUGCUGAGCUGCGUGAGGCGACCGCCGGGGUUGACAUGGCACCGAAGGGCAAAAAGAAAGUGCAAAAGUUGAACGGCACCGCCCUAGGAUUCGUAGUGGCGGGAGAAGCUUUCAAGAAAGCUUGAAGGCUGCCUGUGCUGGCUGGUUGGACACUUUUUUUUUCUUUUUUU